AUGAAGAAGCUAAAGCGAUUGGCAUCGGUUUCGACCGAAGAUAGGGUUAGUGAGCUUCCUGAUGCUAUUCUGUGUCACAUUCUCUCUUUUCUCCCAACCAAAUUAGCCGUUAGCACAAGCAUCCUCUCAAAGAGAUGGAAACCAAUAUGGCUUUCUGUCACCACUUUUGAUAUCUUUGAAUUCUUUCCAGACAAUGUUCUAUGCUCAGUCCUACAAUCUCGUGACAUCAAUUUGCCAAUAAUAUUAUUCCGAAUUCUAUGUUCUGAACCCCAAAUUUUCAACCUCCUUAUCAACUCAGCAAUACCAAGAGGGGUUCAAACCCUAGAACUAAACCUCACUUGUGUACCUUUAAAGAUGAAAACUCUUUUUAAUAUACUCACUUGUAACACUCUCACUCUUCUCAAGUUGACAAAUAUAUUCAUUGAGGAAGACUUUCCUCAAAGAAUUGUUUCUUCUAUCAAAACUCUACAUUUGAAUGAUGUCCAUUUCAGAUCUGAGAAACAUAUGAUCUGCUUUUUCUUAGCCUUUCCCGUUCUAGAGGAAUUACUAUCAAAUGGAGUACAUGUAAUUGGUGGGAGGAAGUUUAUUCCACAAACAGGAGGAACUAUUCAUUGUUUGCCCAACUUGCUGAGAGCUAAUAUUUCUGACAUUCAACUUAUUUCUUUCUUCUCCCUUUCUCGGGCACUCAUUCUCAAUGUUAAACAGAAACCACUUCUCAGCACUGUCCAAAUCCCCAUGUUUUACCAUCUAACUCAAAUGGAGCUAGUUUUUAAUGUUGAAAAAACAUGGCUUGCCAAGUGGAAGUGGAUACUAAAAAUGCUUCAACAAAGUCCCAACCUUCAACAUCUUAUCAUUCACCAGGAAAUAGAAAAUGAAAAUGGAAUCAAUGACAAGAAUUGGGAGGAGCCACAGAUUGUUCCGGAAUGUCUUUCAUCUCAGCUUAGAACCUGUUUGUUUAGAUGGUUUAGAGGCACAAAGUGUGAGCUUAAAUUUAUAAAAUAUGUUAUGCGGAAUUCAAAACUAUUAAGUCUCAUGACAAUUUACACCUCCUCUUCCAUAAUUUUAAACACAAAGGAUAAAAUAUUACAUAACUUAGCUGUUUGUCCAAGGAGCUGCAAUCUUAUAUUUGAUUGUUCCAGAUUUGAUCAUGUUUGA